AUGCGCUUCCAUGCCUACGAAUCAUCGCCUGGAUCGUCGUCUGGUGAAGAUGGCUCUGGUGAGAUGGAGGUGUCGCCUACCAGACUGCUAGCUAUUGCGAUUCAAAAGCGACGUGCAUUGUUCGGCCUCAAGGAACGCGACUACCGACUCGAGCUGUUGCAGACUUCUUUAAUCCAAUCUUUGUGUAAGCAUUUGGGUGAACGUAGAGCUCGCCGCCGCAAGCGCGGUGGCAGGCGGGGCGUUAGGCCAAACAAGGGUGAUGAUGAGUCCUGUGGGGCUCCAAUUACUCGAGUUGAACCUAUCGUUCAGAACUGUAAUGACGAUGAGCCGUCCGAGAAGCGACAACGCGACGACGGCGAGGACCCUUUCGGACUCGAUGACUUCUUUGUUCGAGUCUGUGGGCGUUCGGUGACAAUUAGAGGUUAA